UGGGGUGGUGGGGGAAGGAGCCUCAUGUUCCCUCCGACUGCAACUCCGCUUAGAUCUCUAGGGCACUGUACAGUGUCAGACCAGUGCAUCCUGUAUUUUAUUUGUCUUUUAUUGUAUUUGGUUGGCUUUUAGCAAGCCAGUAUUGCCUGGUUGUGAGUAAGAAACUGUUCAGCUGGAGGGCAGACGUAAUGUUCUAUUGAGUGGUCAUGCCUCACUUGGUUGUUCGGAGCAGGGAAGAGCGCAAACCUGUUGCUUCUACCAGUGCAAUGAAAGGAACUAGCAGCUACUUUUUUCUGUGCUGAGAGUUCUAGGUGCUUGUUUGAUUUUUGCAUGUGGGAUGCUGCCAGACCCCUCCUCCUUCUGAACUAUGCAGUUAAGCUACGUGUACUAUCAAAAGGCUCUCAGCAGCAGCCUGCAGUCUCCCUGCACCUGUAGCAUUCUCUCCAACCAACCCAGGCAAGAUCCUUCACCUUUAGUAUUCCAUCGACUGGACUCAAGGAAGAUUUUGUGCCUGAAGCAUUCCAUCCAGUGGACCCAGAUAAGAGCCUUCUUCUGUAGCUUUCCAUCCAGUGGACCCAAGCAAUAUCCUUCAUCUGUAGCGUUCCAUCCAGUGGACCCAAGCAAGAUAAAUUAUCUGUAGCGUUCCAUCCAGUGGGCCCAAGCAAUAUCCUUCAUCUGUAGCGUUCCAUCCAGUGAACCCAAGCAAUAUCCUUCAUCUGUAGCGUUCCAUCCAGUGGACCCAAGCAAGAUCCUUCAUCUCUAGCGUUCCAUCCAGUGGACCCAAGCAAGAUAAUUCAUCUGUAGCGUUCCAUCCAGUGGGCCCAAGCAAUAUCCUUCAUCUGUAGCGUUCCAUCCAGUGGACCCAAGCAAGAUCCUUCAUCUCUAGCGUUCGAUCCAGUGGACCCAAGUAAGAUCCUGCAGAAUUUUCAUGCAUAAAACCAGAAUAAAAAGAUCUUGGUAAGCAAACUAGUUGGGUUCCUCCAGUUUUUAGAAGAAAUAUGAAGGCAAAGGCCAAAGCAGCAAGAAGGAGGAGGCCGGUCAACAAUGAAGACAUUCGUGAGCAGAGAGCCUCAAGUGAGGAGCAUCUAGUCAAGUGUCCGAGUUACAAGGACAAGAGGAAAGGAGAGGAUGAAGAGCUGGUCAAAAUCUCAAGCAAAAAGAAAAGAGAGUUGGCAAAUGGGAAAGCACAUAGCACCCGGAGACAGGAGAGCAACGAUCGGGAGCGGCAGAGGAUGCACAAACUAAAUAACGCAUUCCAGGCUCUCAGAGAAGUCAUCCCUCAUGUCCGAGCUGAGAAGAAACUGUCCAAAAUCGAAACACUCACACUGGCCAAAAAUUAUAUAAAUACCUUAACUGCCACUAUUCUAAACAUGUCUAGCGGUUGUGUUUCUCCGGAUCAGGAGGACAGCCCUGCCAAUGGCGGAAAGCUUUUUCAGCACUAUCAGCAACAACAUAGCGACGAGGACAAUGACGGACAUCUAAAGCAGUACUCAACACAAAUUUACAGCUUCCGACAAGGCAGCUGAUAUAACUCAAAGCAAGGAACUAUUGUUAUAUCCGGGUUCAUGCUAAAUGUUAAUAUACACAUUUUAAUGCUCUGAAUAGAAACUGUUAGGGAACCACAACAGCUGCACUGGUGAAAGGACUGCUGGGAAUUGUAGCCUUAAACAGCUGCGGUGCCAGAGGUUGUCAUUCAUGCACUCACACAGGGAACACAUAGGUUAGCCAACUGAAUUGGAUGUAUGAUGAUUGGUUGGAUAUUAGCACAGAUGAAUGACCAAACUGCAGUGAUCCAACAGGGCAUGGUCAGAUUAUAAACCAUAAAGAGCAGGUAGUGUUGCUCUCAACCAACCCCAAUCAGUUUGAUUGGAAAUUGACCAAUUUAUAUGUGACAUAUGUGGCCAAAUUAAGAGUCCAUGAAUACACUGCUAAGCAGAAGGACCAGUUGGUUCAUCUAGUUUCCCACUGUGUCAGUGCUCUUUAAGCAAAUGUAAAUAUAUAUAUAUAUAUAUAUAUAUAUAU